AUGGACACUCCUAAACAAGCAUGCUGGAUAGUGAAAAAAAUCUUUGACACUAGGCAAUGGUUUCUGGAAAAACACUCAAGAAAUGAGCUGGAGCAAUACCAAAGAAAUGGUAAGUUUAACAUCAAAAAGCUAUACAUUGCAAUUAGACCUCAGUUCCAGAAGGUUUGGUGGAAGAAGAUCACAACAGGAUCGAAAGCAAUACCAAAGCAUAGAUUCAUUCUUUGGUUAGCACUUCACAGGAAAUUAACCAUAGUGGACAGGCUAAGAAGAUGGGGCACUAUAGUUGACAAUGAAUGUGUAUUAUGUGAUAUAAAUGAGGAAGAAUCAAUGGAGUAUUUAUGGUUUGGAUGCAGAUAUGCCAAAACAAUAUGGUCUAAAUUGGUUCAGUGGCUGAAUGAAAAACAUCAGAUUGGUACUUUGGAUGAUGAGAUUAAAUGGUUGACAAGCAGAAAUCCAAGCAGAACCUGUGGAGAAAUACUAGUGUUCCUGUUCACAUCCAUGGUGUAUCAUGUUUGGACAGAGAGGAACAUCAGAAGAUUCCAAGGAAAAGCAGUAGAAGUCAGGCAGAAAAUCAAAGACAUAGUGCUGGAACUGCACCUGGCUGGACAAAAUGAAAGGAAAUGGCAGAAAGAACUAGCAAGACUAAAGAAUUAUCCAAGUAUAGUAUAG